AUGAGAGGGUUUGCCAAGCUUUUGCCGCUAGAAGUAAGUUGGGAAUUUGAAUUAUGUGUUACAGUUUGGGUUCGUGGGGCGUCGCUACACAUUUUUGUAAGAGGGGGAAAGGUCAAAAAAUUUUUUUAUAUUUUUUGGGGGGGGGGGAGGGUGAGUAAAAGUAGAAAAAAAAUUUUUUUUGACCGUUUUCGUAAUUGUUUCGGAUUGGCUCUGGGGGAGGGGUGGAUCUACCAACAUUCAUCCCCCUUCCCGUAGCGAAGUCCUUGGUUCUACCAUACUAUCACUACUCAAUUUCUACUUGGGCGCUAACCUCUACUCCUCAAAAAACUUGCCCUAUCCAUCAAAAAAACUGUCCCACCCCUAUCCAUCAGAAAAACUGUCCUACCUCUAUUUAUCAAAACACCAUGUCCUACAAAUUAUAUAUUGUAUUAAUUUGGACUAUAACUUUAGAUGUGGCACUGUGUCAUAGAGUAUUUGGAGAUAAUGGAGGAUGCCAUUUCCUUGGCUAUGGUCAACAAGCACUUUUACAAGCUGGUGGGCAUGGAUUUUAAGAAGAUAUGUUAUGAUCAUGUGAUAUAUCGCUUGAAAGGAGAGACCUGGGCCGAGGCUUUUAAUGAGUAGGUAGUUGAAUUUAAAACAGAAAUGUGUGAUAAUGCUAGACUACUACAAUGUAAUAAUUAUGACAUUGCCACAAGUUUAGUUUUGGAGCUCGUUCAGUUAAGAUGUUGUUUGUCGAAUCAUAUGUUCAUCAUGAACAUGCCGUUUGUUGCCCAUUCACAGGUAAAAUGGCCAUAAAGUUGGACAACGGCUAUGUCAUACUGACUAACAUUGACUUUGGACUAAAAGAGUUUACUAUACUUGACUUUACUUCAUAUACAAACCACAUUACGCAUGUUAACAUGAUCAACCGAGGUAAAGAGCUUUUGGUUCGUACUUCCACUUUUGUGUUAGUCUAUGAUCUAUGUAGUAUGAAGGUAACCCAAAAGCAUGACAUGGUACCAACAUCAAGGUAUGGACAAAACGGCCAACUGCUUAACUACCAAAUCAUCAAAAAUGGCUUUAUCUUUGAUUUGUACACAAAAAAAGAGUUCAAGAUUGAUGCACAAACGGCAAAGGGACUCAUAUGCUACAUCAACAUGUACGACAGGCCAAAGUAUAUUGCAGUACACACAACAGACAACAAGCUUGUCCUAAUUGAUAGUGAAACAGAUGAAAGACAAGACGUUUGUGAAUGGAAAGCAGGAAUGAACGUGUACGUUAUCAACGAAAAUGAUUCUGUAUUUGUUAUGAACGGCUAUGUCAAUCCCGGUAAGGCAUUUUUAUAUUGGCUGCCCUGCCCUGCCUCUAUCACCAGCCCUAUCCCUGGUGAUAGAGGUAGUUACGCCCCCCCCCCUUCAUCUCUAUUGCUUCCCAUUCUUUUUUCACCCCAUAGCCUUCCCUCAUCCAUUUCAUAUUAAUAUCUUCCUCCCUCCCCUCUCAUCUACCCUAACCUAGCCGAAUUUAGCGGAAGAAUUUGGAUUAAGAAUCUACAGUAUAAAGAAACGAAAAAUGGUGUUUGAGGAGCCAGAAGUGCGUUACUGGCGUUUGUUCAAUUCUAAUACACUGUUUCAAACACAGCAAAAGACGGUAAAGUAUAUGAAAAGUUAAUUUAAAUUUGGAAUAACUUAAGAUGUAAAGCUAAUUCUGAGGCUUGGUUUCUUUGCCAAAGAGAUAUAGAUACUUUUAAAUCAUUUUUCAGUUCUUAGUCUACAACAAACUACAUGAUUGUUGGUUAAAAACAAAACGUGAUACGAAUCUUCUGUUGUUCUACAAUAUUGAUUACUUUUGCGAUUUUGGGUUUGUGCCAUUACCAACCUACAAGAUUGUGGAAUCUCAGCGUUAUAGAAAAUAUGAUGAGGUCGUUAGAAAUAUGUACUUUUGGUUUAAAAAAGGCAAGUUUACGUAGGGUAGGGUAGAGUAGGGUAGGGGGAGGGGGGGGCAGGGUGGGGUAGGGUAGGGUAGAGUAGGGUAGGGUAGGGUAGGGUAAGGUAGGGUAAGGUAGGGUAGGAUAGGGUAGGGUAGGGUAGGGUAGGGUAGGGUAGGGUAGGGUAGGGUAGGGUAGGGUAGGGUAGGGUAGGGUAGGGUAGGGUAAGGUAGGGUAGGGUAGGGUAGGGUAGAGUAGGGUAGGGUAGGGUAGGGUAGGGUAGGGUAGGGUAGGGUAGGGUAGGGUAGGGUAGGGUAGGGUAGGGUAGGGUAGGGUAGGGUAGGGUAGGGUAGGGUAGGGUAGGGUAGGGUAGGGUAGGGUAGGGUAGGGUAGGACAAGCAUUAUAAUAAAAUUGCUAAUUUCAGAUAAGAUUAUAACAAAACGUUUUUCGGCCGAAGUUGAACUUCAUGAUGUGUGGGUUACGGAAGAAUAUGAUUUAAAAAAUAAUAAAUAUCAAAUUAAAAAAUUAAUGAAUAUUAAGUUUCCUGUGCUAAAGGACGAUUCGGCUGCUUUUUACGAUUGGUUUUUACAACUACACAUCGCUAAUGACAACGUCCCUUUAAUCGACGCCAAAUCUCGUAAUACCCAACAUUUUAAUUUUUAUUUAUUAAAGCCUAAUUAUCACUUAUCAAUUUUAUGUAAUAAACUUUUAAAAUCAUAUAUUUAAUUUCAAACGACAAAAUAUCAACAAACAUAUUUUUUCUGAAAAAAAUGAAAAACAUUUAAAAAAAUAAAAUAAGACAACAACUUUCAUUACAAGCUGAAAAAUAACUUUCUUUCCAAACUAAAACAUGACAAAAACUUAUCAUCAAAUUUUUUCUGUUUAAAAAAAAUUGGUGAAAAAUUUAACCCCUUCCCUCGCCCCCUUUUUUUCUCCACUUUUUGGCCUCCGCCCGUUCUAUGAAAAAUAUUUUAAAAACAUUUGUUCAAUUUAAAUAAUUAAAAAAAAGGAUUGCGCCGACGAAGACUCGAACCCACAGCAUUGUCGCACAGUUUUGCCUGAGAACAAGCGCCUUUGACCACUAGGCCAUUGAGACACGGAGUGACAACUCGUUAUUUGUUCAUUGUUCGCGCUUUUUAGCAAUGGAAUGACUUUAAGCACCUAGUUUCCCAACGUUCUAGUUUUCCCAAGAAUUGUUUUGAUGAAACUGGCGUUGCCUAUGGAUGUUUGUGUUGAUGUUUGUUUGUUUUCAAAAAACAAUUUUUUUUUGCUUUCUGAACGGGCUGGGCAGGGACUUACUUUUUUUGGGAGGGGUAGGGGGUAUAUUUUUUGUUUUUUCUGUAUAUUACCGUGUUAAAUUUAAAAUUUAAAAAGAUUUAUUUUAGGCUUAAGUUUCUUGAGUUUUUGUAGAAUACUAAGCCUAAAAUAUCAUUUUUUUAAGUCAAAAACAUUAUUUUGCUAUUUUUAAUGAUGUAUUGUUGUGAUUUGCAAGUGUACGAUUUUACCUUCAAUUUCGCUCCUUGAACGGGCUCGUACCAAGACUCCAUUCUGACAAAACCGCUCAUCAUCACCUUGAAACAGUCGAAGACUUGAUUGGGUUAGUUAAUUUUUAAAAAUCUUAUAGUUAAGGCUAGUGGAAUAUUUAUUUGGAGCGGGGGAAGGGAUUUUUAUUAACUUUUUACCUUUUUAAGGUCAAUUUUUUAAAUUUUUUAUAAAAAAUAAGCAGAAAAUAGUAUUUUUUUAUUAAAGUUAUUUAAUUGCAGAAGAUGAACACAGAUCAGAAACGACAUCUCAUUGAAUCAACUAAAAGAGCAGAAUCCGCUCAGGACUACAUCGCGGCGAUCGGAUUCAUGCGCCGGAUGGCCAUGGAAAACCUCAUUACAACACAAGAUGAUAUAGCGAUGUUUCUAAGAGCUUACCGCUUACAUUGGGAAGGACUGGAAGAAACAAACGGACCAUUGAAUGCGCAAACCUCAAAGCUAUACCAAGACGGGGUCGUUCUGAUCAAACGCUACAUCAAACCGAAUAUCAGCGACAACACGUUGAUGGAGAUGCUUCAUGUUCUCGAGAAGGCUUUGAAUUUGUUUCUGGAAAAGUCGAAUUAG